AUGAGAAGCCAAAAGCCAUUGGUCAUUUGGUUUUCGACUCCGCCCUCACAGUACCGAAGAUCAUCAUCCUCAGCAAGCAGAUCAGAUCCAGGAAGACAGGAGUUGAUCGAUGAGUACUUCGCCCCUGGUACCUUAGUCUUGGAGCUGCCACUCGACAAUGGAGGCACAUUGCAGGUGACUUCUCAUGUGGCAUCUGAACGUGAAGCACCACCUGGAGCACCACGGGGUUCCUUUCAGGAGUGGCGCUGUUUGCGCUUUCUGAGUAGUGGAGGCCUCAUCCAAAGUGUUACGAAGGUGGUGGUAUCUCCAAAUGAGACCCUGGCCAAGAUGCGAGGCUACGUGGUGCCUUUGGCCUACACCAAGUCCUUCGCGACCGUGGUCCUCGCAGCCUUGUCGGCCAUUGGAGCACCGGUGGCGAAGAAGAAGUCCAAGGAGCCCUUGCGGUUCCUGUGCAUUGGACUCGGUGGCGGAUCUGUACCGACCUUUUUCGCGGAAAGUCUGCCACAUUGCCAAGUGGAUGUGGUUGAGCUGGAGCCAACAGUAAUCCAUGCUGCGAAGCAGGGUAUGGGCUUUGCUGAACGCUCAAACAUGAGGGUGAUCCUCGAGGAUGGCGCAACGUUUGCGCAGAGAGCUGUCCGUGAGCAGGCAGACGACGCGCAAGAGAAGGGCAUCUACGAUGCAGUUCUGGUUGAUGCGUAUGAUCCAGUUGGCAAUGUCCCGGCACCCUUGUGGAGAAGGCGCGAAGGCUUGGCUGAAGCCUUGGCCGCUGGAUUGCUUCGGCCAAGGGGUGUAGUUGCAACAAAUUUCUUACCACAUGUAGACCUGGCUGCUCCAUUGGAAGCCUAUGGUGAUGCUUUAGCUUCCAGGGACACCGGCAUCAGUUUUUCCAUUCAGGUCAACAAAGCUAUCAAGGCUGACAAUGACCUGGAUAAAUUCUUUGACUCAGUGGAGGGCACCGGAAACCGUAUUGCCCUCCAUGUUUGUGGAGCACCGCCAGAGCUGGCAGAUGGGCCGCUUGCAAAUUUGGAAGAGCGGCUUCUACAAGAAGCCAAGAAGGUGGGGAAAGCCACAGGUUGUCUUUGGGACAUGCCAGAUCUGGCUUGUAGAGGCUUACGCACUUGGAAGACACAAACCAAACAAGACAUAAAUCUAUUUACGAUUUAA